AUGACACCCGCUACACAGCCCGAAUCUUCCUUUGGGCCUUCGCCCUUGCCAUUGCAGUCCUACCCGGCGACCCCCGGAUCUGCGGUCGCUGCGCCCGAAAGUAGAUCGGAUUUACUGCAUUUUCUAGCUGACUCGCCAAAUGAAAUGCCAAAUGUUGAUACAGAUGACUGGGCAUCCGAUCUUGAAUUGAUGCAUCACUACUGCACCGUGACAUGCACGACCCUGACAGUUCGGGAAGACGCACGACAUGUUUGGCGCGUUGUCCUGCCGAUUGAAGGUUAUUCGAAUAAAUACUUGAUGCAUGGAAUUUUGGCUUUAUCGGCCUUGCAUCGCGCUCACCUUUACCCAGCCCAGAGAGAAAAAUAUAUCAAAGCGACGGCGUACCACCAGGCAGCUGGGUUGAAGCAGUUUCGCGAGUUGAUUGCCUCUCCAAUCGACCCCAGCAAUUGGCAGCCCGUCUUUUGCUUUUCAUCCAUGAUCAUGGUGUAUGUUUGUGCUUCGCCGGUACGGAUAGGCGAGCGCUGGCCUGCUCCCAUAUUGAACAUGGCAGAACUAUUUUCUGUCGUCAAAGGAAUGCAGAGUAUCAUGGAGCCAUGGUUGCACAGCCUCCGAAAGACUCAGCUUGCCCCGCUUGUGAAUAGUGUCUAUCUCGAGAGUGAAAUGCUCAUUCCAAGCCCGGCGGCAAUGCAGCAAUCUCUGCUUCCUCCUGGUGCACACGAGCACCUAUCUCUUCUGCAUAAAUUUGUUGAUGAAUAUCCAUUCCCCGAAUCCCAAGAGAGUUCUGAUACAGCUGACGGACCACCGGUUCCUGACCACCGGGCGGAUUACAAGAAUGCUCUAAAGUAUUUCGAAAACUCUACACGUCAAAUUGACUUAGCGGGACCACACGUUGAGAUUGGCAUGGUUCUUAUGUGGGCUUACUCACUGUCCAAGCGGUUCCGUGGUGAUCUAGAAGCAUACCGACCACCUGCUCUAGUUCUCCUUGCCUACUGGUGCAUGCUGCUGCACCUUGUUGAGCAUUCCUGGUUCAUCAAUGGUGCUUCAAGAGAGCUGCUUCAAGAUAUUGAAGACAAGAUCCAUCCAGCGUUCAAAGAUUGGUUGGUAUGGCCAAAAAGAUGGGUCUUUGGGCCGUGA